AUGAUUGCGCCGACUCCCCCUUCUCUGCUCCUCCUUGACCUGCCGGACGAGAUCCUGAUCACGAUCCUCGGCUUCCUCGAUCUUGCGGGCCUGCGCCAUGCCGUUCAAGUCUGCAAACAUUUCAACGGCCUGGCGGAACCUUUCCUGUACCACACUAUCCAUGUUCUCAAUGGCUUACAAGCCGCCGCUCUGUCGGCCAGUCUACAAGCGAAUCCCCGCCGUGCCACCUGGAUCCGCUCUCUACUCGUCUCCACCAAGUUCGGCGAAGAUGAAGGCUUGAGCCUGUUGCCGCCUCACAUGGCCCAAAUGCGCAACCUUCAAAUCCUACGCCUCGAAACCCCCGAUUGUAAUGCCAAGUUCCCGGAAGAGAGGGUGGCAUGGGUCAGUCUCCAGGACAGAUAUGAGCGCAUCUUCGAGAGCGCCUCAGCCGUGGUGCCCAAGUCGGCGGAUAGAGUACUUCCAAACCUGCGAGAAUGCACUCUGCACUUCGUGGACGGUCAGAAAGAAAUGUAUUCUAUGACCAGAUAUCCUAUGCUCUUCCUGCAUCCCAAUCUCCGGUCCCUUACCAUAUCCUGUGCCAGUACCGACUUCCCCGACAGGCUGCUUACACCGUUCCAAGGUGACCACACGCUGGUCAAGUCAACCAACCUCGAACACUUACACCUCGAAGAAUGCGACAUCUUCUCGCCGUCUCUAGGUAUUCUCCUAAGCUUUCCUCGAGCCUUGAAAUCGCUCAAAAUCAGUGAGGGAAUCCGCUACGAUGGCAUAUUCAGUGCUAGGAGUAGUCGCCUGCACGGUAACGUGUCUCCGCAACCGUUCGUGGACGCACUAUCCGAGCACUGCACCAACACCCUCGAGCACCUGUCCUUGGCUCUGGGGUACAUGCGGCAAGGGUUUGAAAACAUCACUUACCCAGGGUGCUUUCUUAAUCUCACCGCGUUCCAUGCGAUGAAGCAGCUCGACCUGGAUGUCCGCACCGGCAAUCUCGUCAGGCUCCGAACCAACUGCGACCACGGCACCUGGCGGAGGUUGCCACCCAACCUAGAAACCUUCAAGAUCUUUGGCAUUCCAUUUGGCGAACGACCUCCGUUCCACGCCCGCCGACGGGUCUGGCUUCCCUUCGAGACCUGCCUGGUGAGGGACAAAGCUAGACAUGGGGUCCCGAAGUUGAAGAACCUGAUAUGCUCCUACGAGUACUAUCGAGAAGACGACGAGGAGCUGCCACUCAGCAUAUCCGAUGACGGUGAUAGCGUCUAUGAUAUCAGCCAGGUUGUAGUGGCUCAGCAGAGAAUGACCGACAGGUGUAACGAACUGGCCCCCCUCUUCAAACGACACGGCGUGAGAUUGGAAAUCGAAGUCGUGGUUCUUCCCAAUGGGUUCAUACCUCCUUAUCUCUUUACUGAGGACAGGCCGAAGCCCUUCACACUAUGGCAAUCGGCUCCACCGACAACACCACUUUGCUGA